AUGCUCGCAGAGAACGACCGGCUGCCUGGCACUGCGACGCAGGACCUGAGAGUCCUCACGACCAGGGGCACAGAGGAGAUGGAGCGUGAGCUGGCGGCAAAGGCGGCGGCGGCAGCAGAGAAGGUGAUGCAUUUCCCUGCUGCAGCUGCCGGAGGCGUAGGGGAUGCCGGCAACGGUGCCCUGGGCUUGGCUGCAGUGGGUGCGCUGCGCGUGGACGCGUCUGGCCCGUCCUCCCAGCUGGGCGGCGGUCAUGCGCGGCUCUCUGGCGCCCGUGCACAACCCGCGCCGCUCGUACAGCCGGCGGUGCCCGUCAGAAGACCUGGGCAGGGCGGCGCUAAGGCCUUCCAGUACGUCGUGUCGCCUUUCCGCAGCUAG